AUGGCAGUUCCAAAAAAGCGUAUUUCUAUAUCAAAAAAGCGUAUUCGAAAAAAUAUUUGGAAAAGGAAGGGAUAUUGGGUAGUAUUGAAAGCUUUUUCAUUAGCGAAAUCCCUUUCUACAGGUAAUUCAAAAAGCUUUUUGUGCGACAAAUAA